CACAGCUCGACACAAUGGAUUCUCCUGUCCUCCUCCGCCAACUCCUCCGAUUACCGCCGCAGUUUCUGCACAUCAUCAGCGUACCGCUGCGACCACAAUCCCGCAACCUCGCCCUUCUCAACCACACCCACCCCUCCCCUUCCCGAUACAUCUCCACCGAGUCCCUCCCGCGCGUCGCACAACCCACCUUCUGGUCAUCUCUGAUUCCAAGGUUUCCUCGGAACCACUCCGUACACUCUCCGCCGAAGAGCAAACAACGGAACCCCGCAACUCCCUACAUCGUCCUCUCCAUGCUUGUCGGGUCCCAAGCCAUCCAGACGCUAUGGCUGAAGAGGGACAUGGAUCACUUCGCUCGUCGUGCGGAGGCUAAGCUGGGAGUUCUGAGAGAGGUGGUUGAGCGCGUGCAGAGAGGGGAGGAUGUUGAUGUUGAGAAGGUGCUUGGGACUGGGGUGGAAGGGGAGGAGAGAGCGUGGCAGGAAGUGAUUAAGGAGAUUGAGGAAGAGGAGCUGCUCUUCCAAAGUAAGAAGAGGAGGAGGGCGGCUAGGCAGGCCGAGGCUAAGGAAGAAGCAGGAGGAGCGGGCUCAGCGUCCCUAGAAGCACAGAAACUGGAGGCUAAGAUUCCAGAUGGAAAGGUCCAUGUUGAGGCCUAUCGAGGUGCAAAGUUCUAUUGAAGAAUUCGAGAUAGAAGAUAAAGGAGUAGGUUCUCUAGGUAAUCUCUUGACGACGUCGUCAAUUGAUGCACGUUCAUCGUGUGAUUGAGACUUCUUGGGAUACUGGUCAAGAACACUAGCGAACCUUCUUGCCCAUCCGAGUGUACGAUGCUACC